CCUUAAUAAACAAAUUUUUAUUUAUUAUAAGAAAAAAAUGCUAAAGCUAAGCAAUCGCCGUCCCUCGACGUCUUGCAACUGCAGUAACCAGUUCCUUGGAAGCUGACCGCCAUAGCCAAACAAUGGCUUCCAGGCGAUUGAGAGCUUUCAAGCGAUGGAUGACAUCCCAAGGCAUACAAUGCAGUGAUGCUCUCCAAUUCACAGAUAGCCGCGACAAUGGAAUCGCUGUUAAAGCUUUGUGCGAUUUGCGGGAAGGCGAUGUUGUUGCUAACAUUCCUAAACUUGCUUGCCUCACUGUCAAAACCACCAGUGCUUGUUCCAUCAUAGAAGAAGCCGGUUUGGGUGGCUAUUUGGGGCUUUCGGUCGCUCUCAUGUAUGAGAGAAGUUUAGGGGAGAACUCUAAUUGGGCUGGCUAUCUCCAGCUUCUGCCGGAUAAAGAGUGCUUACCCUUGCUUUGGUCUCUGGAAGAUGUGGACCAGUUUCUUUGUGGAACCGAGCUACACAAGACGGUGAAAGAAGACAAGACUCUUAUGUAUGAGGACUGGAAAGAGAAUAUUCUACCUCUUAUGGAGUCUGCACCUUUGAUUUUCAGUCCAGAAUUUUUUGGUGUCGAACAAUAUUUUUCUGCAAGGAGCCUCAUUUCUUCUAGAUCUUUUGAUAUUGAUGACUUUCAUGGGUUUGGGAUGGUCCCUUUGGCAGAUCUGUUUAACCACAAGACAAAUGCUGAGGAUGUACACUUUACCUUGGUGUCUUCUGACCUUGAAUCUGAUAAUAGUACUUCUCACCUAAAUGAUGUGCAUCCAUACGACGAGUCCAAUUGCUGGAAUUCUUCUCUGGAUAAAGUAGGACCAGAUUCUCUUGUAACUGAGGCAAACAAUGUUGAUGAUACUGACUCAGACUCUUCUGAUCUCGAAGGUGAUCCUACAACACUCGAGAUGAUUAUGGUAAAGAAUGUCAAAGCUGGCAGUGAGGUGUUCAAUACAUAUGGAUCUUUAGGAAAUGCUGCUUUGCUUCACAGAUACGGAUUUACGGAGGCAAAUAAUCCAUAUGAUAUCGUGAACAUUGAUUUGAAGCUGGUUAUUGAUUGGUGUUCAUCUCGAUUUUCCAGGCGGUAUAGUAGAGCAAGAGUAUCAUUAUGGAAAAAGUUGGAGUAUUGUGGUUGUGAUAAUGAAAACAUUGAAUAUUUUGAGAUAUCACAUGAUGGGGAACCACAAACUGAACUGUUGAUAUUAAUAUACAUGAUGUUGCUAUCAGAUGAUGCAUUUAAUCACUUUGAUCUAACUACAUCAGUAUCUAAGAAUUUUGCUGGUCUUAUGUUGUAUGAAAAAGGAAAGAGCAUUUGGAUUGAAGAUUCGAAAAUUAGGAAGGAUGUUUUGCUGACCAAAGAUGUCCGCAAAACUCUCGUGUCACUUGCAGAUAUGCGUGAAGCUUUAUAUGGUUUGAGUUGUUUGGAAGAAGACCUUGAGAUGGUGUGUCGCAUACAAGAUAGGAAGUUAUAUCAUUCUUUGGCGUUGCGUGAAAGUGAGAGGACGAUCCUAAAAAAUCUCAGAUCUUAUGCUGCUAUGGCUGGUCAGUUAUCAAUUAGUGAAAGGCGAUUGUCUUUGAGGAAGAACACUUGAACAUGUAAUUUCUUAAUUUAUCAGUUCAUUCAUCUCCAAAUUUCACCCACAAUCACUUUGUUUUUCACUUGAGUCAUUGCACUUGUCACGACUCCUUGGAUCUCCAACUUUAUUCCUAAUUUUGCUCAUUAGUGAUGCUAAUUCAUGGGAGUUAACGUUAAGCCGUGUA